UGACCUGGCCGACUACGGCGCUAACGGCCGUGACGCUGACAACCAACCACUCUAACCACAAAAACAAAACAAACAUCUGUCAUAAACCUUGUAAACCAAGCUUGUACUAUUUCAAGUGAAAGUAGUUUGUGGAAUUUAAUUUCUUACUGUCGAAGAAUAUAAUUGGCUGUUUUCCAUCUCAUUUUAAAUGGAUCUGUCAAAAGUGAAGGAUGAUAGGAAGUUGGAACUUAGCCGCUGGUACUUUAGAGGUGGAUGGGCGUUUCUGCCUUUCCUAUGGGCUGUCAAUUUUGUGUGGUUUUACAAAGACGCUUUCAAGAGACCUCCAUUUGAAGAGCAGUCACAAAUUAGGAAAUAUGUCAUAUAUUCUGGUAUAGGAGCACUCAUUUGGAGUAUUGCUCUUAUAACAUGGAAUAUUAUUUUUCAGAAGUAUCGUGUUGAAUGGGGUGAUUUAGGUGAUGAACUUACUUUCCUAAUUCCGUCUGGUAGCCCAUAGGCACCAAUAGGGAGUCAAUUGUACUACUAUUACAUCAUGACUUGCUUGAAUGUUUGUUAUCAUACACAAACAGCUUAACAGAUGAAAGCUAUCUCUCCUCCUGGACCAGUUUUUGACCAUUACUUUUUAAUCAUUUAACUUUUAACAAUCCCUAAGAGAUCUUAGCUCAGUUGUUAAUUUAUUAUUUGUAUUAUUCAAGGCAAGAUAGCCUCUGUGAUAUAUUUUGAAUAUCUUAAGAGAAAUAAAACUCAGUUAAUACACAA